UGUGCUGUGCCGAGCCGAGCUGAGCCGCGAUGGAGGGCGGCGAGGCGGCGACCCUGCUGGGGGAGCGCGGCCUGGGCCAGCUGGCACAGUUCAAGACCUACCGGCGGCGGUGGGUGCUGCUGGCCGCCGUCUGCCUGCUGAACUGCUCCAACGCCAUGCUGUGGCUGACAUUUGCUCCUGUGGCUGAUAAGACAGCUGGCUACUUCCACAUUUCCUUGGAGAUGGUCAACUGGCUCUCAGUAGUGUACCUCCUCAUCUCAAUCCCAUUUGGUCUGGUGGCAACAUGGGUUCUUGACAGCGUGGGGCUCAGAUGUGCUGUGAUCCUGAGUUCAUGGCUGAAUGGGACGGGUAGCAUCAUCCGGAUGUUCAGUGUGCUGAAGUUCCUGAGCUUGGGUUCCCAGAAUUACUGGUACCUGUUUAUUGGGCAGUGCCUUUGUGCACUGGCACAGCCACUUAUCAUCUUUUCACCAACAAAACUGGCAGCACUGUGGUUCCCAGACCACCAGAGAGCAACAGCAAAUAUGAUUGCAUCAAUGUCCAAUCCAUUGGGUAUUUUUAUAGCAAACAUGCUGUCACCUGCACUAGUACCUGAAGGAAAGCACAUCCCAUUGAUGCUGGGUUUUUAUGCCAUCCCAGCAGUAACAGCCUGUGUACUAGCAACUGUGGGGAUUCAUGAGAAGGCUCCUCCAACGCCUCCUUCUGCCAGUGCCACUAACUCCACUUCUCAGCCAUUUUUCACGGGGCUCAAAAUGCUACUGAGAAACAAAUCAUAUAUCAUCCUGGCAGUGUGCUUUGGAGGAGGAAUUGGGAUGUUCACCUGCUUUUCAGCUCUGCUGGAACAGAUCCUUUGUGAAAAGGGGUAUUCAAAUGAAUUUGCUGGUCUGAAUGGUGCACUGUUCACAGUGUGUGGCUUGGUGGGUGCUUUCCUACUAGGUAUGUAUGUCGACCGGACAAGGAAGUUCAUAGAGUCCACGAAGAUUUGUUUCUGUCUGAGUGCCCUUGCCAGUAUCAUGUUCGCUGUGGCUUCUCGAUUCAGACAUCAGGCUGUCACACUGGCCAUCUCUAGCUCACUUUUUGGUUUCUUCGGCUUUGCCAUCUAUCCCAUUGCCAUGGAGCUGGCUGUGGAGUGUUCCUACCCUGUGGGAGAGGGCACAUCUACAGGCCUGAUUUUUGUUGCAAGUCAGAUCGAAGGUGUGAUUUUAAUGAUUCUGCUACAAGCCCUCACCAUGCGCGUCUCUGAGGAUCCAUCCUCCACCUGUGCCCUCGACCAGGAUGGAGCUUUGGACUGGACAACUCCAGUAUUGGUGCUGGCUGGCCUCUGCAGUGCUAUGGCUUGUUCCUAUGUCAUCUUCUUCCACACUGACUACAAGCGACUCCAUGCUGAGAAGAACAGGGGUGAUUUGCUCAAGGCAGAAGAUGCAUCAACAGCAGAUAUUCCUGAAGCUUAACCAGGCCAAAUACAGGAUGCCAAGGGCCCAGUAAGGGAACGACUUAGGCCUGUGAGCAGGGACCAUAACUGAAAAUGCUCAGCUGGCACACUGGGAUAUCUGGGUCCUGUUGCACAAUGAGCAAGGGCUAGAGUAGAGUUAUGGUGCAUCUUAGCUGUGCUUUCGUCAAUCUUGUAUUUAUUUGUGAGUCUGGGCUAUAAGAAAGACUGUGCUGCUUGAAUCGUCAAAGUCAGACUGGACAACUAUGCAGAUAAUGGGGAUCUUUAUCUGACUUGAUUCAAGCUAAAGAAAUGUUGCAAAGGAAAGGAGCAUCAUUCAUUCAUUUUUUCGUUUUCAUGUACUUGGACCAGGGAUGAAGCUUUCAGAGGGGUAGAAGACACUCAUCACAAACCUAGUGGAAAACUUCUGUUUAACAACUCUUUCACUCAAAAAUUAGAGUUAAGUGUGCCUCUUGGCUGCAGGUUGGUAGGCACUGGACCAUACUUCAAUUGCAGUAGGACAGUGUAAGAAUGUGAUCUGCGAUACAAGUCUCUUACAAUGGGCCAGUUUGUCCUCUCAUAAAAACAGGAAAAGAAAAGCCUUGCAUGCAAUGCCACAUAUGAAAAAAAAAAGCAGACAAUAAAUACAGCAGUUUCCUCACCCUUCUUAUGCCCUGUCAGAUGCUGAGACAUUCAGAAUGAGCUUGUUUUAUCUGGGCUUCUGUUUUCUUCCAUCUCCCUUGCAAUUCCAGUGGUUUAAGUUUUCCACAAGAAAACACACCUGGUGGUGUAAAAAUAGGGUACUGCACCUUCCAUAGGCCAAGUAAAUCUUUUCAAUAAAGGAACACUGAGAAGGCAACUCAUUCUUUGGGAAAUGCCACAGGAGUGCCUGGUGUAGUGGAAGCUGGCAGGAGAACUGGCAAAGGUGACCACUUAGAGAAUGCAGGGACUCAUCAUAAGUUUCUGCAGAUGAUAAGGCCUUUGGGAGGAAGACCGAGUAGAAAAAAACAUCAACAAGCACCUUCCAAUUCUCUCUGCAACUGACAGACGUUCUUCAGUUUUAGAAGAGAGGGGAAGUUACGCAAAAGAUCCCAUUUGAAUUUCAGUUACCCUCAAUUGCAAUGGCUGCAACUGGGUUUUUCAUUUUACAGUACUUCCACAGCAGUCCAGUGUCCUGCCUUGGUGUCCAGGUCUUGGUGUACAACCUGAGAACUUUUUACCCUAUAACAUUUCAGGGGUAAAAAAUCGAGAUGAAUGGGACUUGGUGGUUCUUCAUGCAUUUUACAAGGGGAUCUGAGUACAUGUUAGUUCAGUGAACUUGAGGCAUAUUAGACCUGUGACUGGCUUUGUUCAGUCCAAAGCAAAGGAUGCACUGAGGAACACUACAGAGGAGCUCUCUCAGUGCCUGUAUUCUUUUCUCCAUUAGCAACUGGAAAUCUCUGCCUUUGUAAAACACCUACCUGCAUCCUUUCAGGGAACCUGCUACUUCCUGUAGCUCAAGCCUUGCUUUCAGGAGUAAACAGUGAAAUUUUUUAGAAGGAGCAGGAAGAAGGUCUGAAACUGAGGUAAAACAAAAUCAAUUUCAGCCUGAGAGAGGAAUGAAAUCAUCUGUCCUUUGCAAAACUAGCUGGUCAGUUCUGCAGUCCUGGACCUAAUACACUAAACAGAUUUACAUCAAAUUUUUGUGCCAAUCCUGAGUCCUACUGUACUGAAAAGCAAGAAGCACUGAGUACUUUAUAAUUUUAUAUAUUUACAAAUGCUUAUGUUUGAUUUUUGUAAUAAAGGGUGGUU